AUGUUCGCGAAUCCAUUAGCUAUAGACCUGAAGAAGCAGCUCGGGCGGCUGCUUGAAACCACCUCCAGGUCCGGUUCUCCGCAUCUACACGCCCUCCAAAACGCGUCUUCGCGCGCGACUCUGCUUAGAACUUUAUCUGGCGCACUGCUUGACCCCGCUCUCACGACGGCGAUCGCGCACACCUUUAGACCGAUUCUAAUCGACUUAUGCUCGCGCUGGAUCGAGAAUAAUGACUUUGUCGAAGAGAAGCUGGAAGCAUUAUGCUUGCUCGUGCAGACACACGAAGAGCUUUUCCCCAUCCUGUCCAGCCUUCUGCGCAACAAUAUCUCGGAAGAUGGGCCACUAGCUUUUGUUUUGCAGACCGCGCCUGUGCAGAAUAUCGACACAAAACGUCUACAUCGAGCGCUGUUAGCGUACUACCGCAUCUUGACGGCGAACGGCGAGUUGCCUUCGUUACACUCGUGGCCGUUGGAGCCGCUCAGUGCUCUGGCUUGGGCGCCUCAUCCCGACCCCGCGGUGCGCUUGAUGGCCGUAAGGUGCUAUGCCCUACAAAGUGAGAUGGGCGAGGGCGAGCGAGAGAGGAUGGAGUUGGAAGUCGUAGGGAGGAUUGACGAGGUCGAUUGUCCGCUCUAUGCUGGGCCGGACAUCUCCGGAAAGGAUCUCGCCAUCGACGCCUGGGUGAUCGCUGCGAUUGAGGCGAGAAGGGUUCAAGAGGAGCGCGACGCCAUUGGAGCGGACAACACGGACUUUUAUGGGGACCAAGACCCUAUACAGCAAGCGGAACUCAGCUCUCUUGUCGUUAAUGUUCACGGUAUCCUUAUGUCUCGCCAACCUGGUCCGGUGCAGGCUCCUGAUUUGGUACCGACAACGACAAGCAUCGCGGCUCUGCAGAACCUCGCCCUUCGCAUAUCUCUCAGCGUACCCACAUUGCUCACUUCUGCGCCGUCUGCAGCGAAGUCGCUCUUCCUGACACAUCUUGCGGCAAGUCUCCACCCCGGCGCAGUCAAUCAAAUCGUAACGCUUCCUCUGGCCGACACAUCUCUCGAUCCGCGCGCGCUACUGGGUAGCUACGUCAGUUCACCAACGAAGCCCGGUACAUUUGAGUGGCGCGAAGGCGUCCUUGUCCGUGCAAUGCGCGCCGGGCGCUGGCUGGUACUGGAAGACAUCGAUAAGGGUUCAGCGGAGGUCCUAGGCACGCUCGCUCCUCUUGCUGCCUCCCUUACGCCCGGAGUACGCGCCAUCGGUGGACGGGCGCGUCUUAAUAUCCCCGGACGGGAAAUCGUUGUCGCAGAGGAGAGCUUCAGGCUAUUUGCCACACGCAGCGUACCAUCGGCUCGCCAUGGUGCAUUCCCGAAACCUACGUUCUUCGCCGCCCACAAGUUCUCUGAGUUAACCAUCGGCACACCGGGCGUUGAUGAGCUACAGAUCAUCGUUGACGCGCGCUUCCCGCGUCUUCGUGGUUCGGCUGCGGCGGGCGCUAUCGCGCUUUGGACCGUGAUGAAAGAUCUCGGUAGUGGCGGCUCUGGUGCUCGUCCCAUCGGCUUACGAGAGCUCGAUAAGUUCUGCUUGCGACUCUCAUCAGUCUUGCCAGCGUCCUUCCAAACAAUGGAUCUCGACACAGACGUACAAGCGCCAUAUCUCUUGCCGCUCGUCUUCACGAACCCGACUCUUCGCGAGGAUAUCUUCCUUGAGGCUCGUGAUGUCUUCUUUGGCGCGGGAGCAACUACGUCUACAGCCCGUGCCCACAGCGACGUUAUGGCAGCGCUUGCCGCGGAGCAUCUUGCACUCGCUCCUGAGACUCGGGACGCACUGCUGCACACUCGCGCAGCCGAGUUUACUGUCGAUCGCGACGCGAAUGGGAACGUCACGGCUGUGUGGACGGGGCGUGUGCGCCUACUUGCUGCACCUCUUCGUGCUGAGGUUCUCCAACUUCAGGCGCCGCAGAGGCCCUUCGCGAUGCACAGACCUGCACGGACGCUACUUGCACGCAUCGGAGCCGCCAUCUCGUUGGCGGAACCCGUGCUCCUUACCGGCGAGACGGGCACAGGAAAGACGAGCGCCGUCACGCAUCUUGCUGGCCUGCUGCGAAGGAACCUUGUCAGUCUGAACCUGAGCCAGCAGAGCGAGGGCGCGGAUCUGGUUGGUGGCUUCAAGCCUGUGGAGGCGAGGAUUAUGGGCGGCGAGAUUGGCGAGAGGUGGACGGCAUUAUUCAGGGCCACUUUCAGUACGAAGAAGAACCCACGGUUCGAAGGAGACGUACAGAAGGCGAUGCGGGAGGGGAAGUGGAAGAGGGUGGUUGUGUUGUGGAGGGAGAGUGCUCGGAUUGCGAAGGAGCGCCUUAACGGGAAGAUGGCCAAAGGAGAGGAGGAGAAAGACGAGUUGGACUCGCAGGCGCCGCGCAAGAGACGCAAGACGGAAGAUCUGGCCGAAUCGCUCAAGAAGUGGACGAAUCUAGAGGAGGACGUCACACGCUUCGAGGUUCAGCACGUGCAAGGCAAGGGUAAAUUUGCUUUCAGCUUUGUCGAGGGUCCGCUUGUGAAAGCCCUUCGCUCUGGGGACUGGAUUUUGCUCGACGAGAUUAAUCUUGCAAGUCCAGAGACGCUUGAAGCCGUGUCUGGUCUAUUGAGUGGUCCCACUGCAUCCAUCACCCUCACCGAGCAAGGCUCGCUCGAGCCAGUUCCCCGUCACCCCGACUUCAGACUCUUCGCAUGCAUGAACCCUGCGACCGACGUCGGCAAGAAGGAUCUUCCACCCCACAUUCGUUCUCGCUUCACAGAGAUCGACGUUCCUCCCCCCGACGCGGACCGCGAGACACUUCUCACCAUCGUCGCUCAAUAUAUCGGCGGUGUUGCGCUCGGCGACAAGGCCGCCAUUCUGGACGUUGCCGAAUUCUAUUCAGCCACCAAGGCGCUUGCCGAAUCUCGCCAGCUCGCGGACGGCGCCAACCAUCGGCCACACUUCAGCAUGCGCACACUGGCUCGGGCGCUCACAUUCGCGGCGGAUAUUGCGCCAAUGUAUAGUCUACGCCGUGCAUUAUGGGAGGGCUGCUUGAUGGCUUUCACUAUGGCCCUGGAUGUUCAUAGCGCGAAGGCGGUCACGGCGUUGGCCGAGAAGCACAUCCUUCACGGCGUCAAGAACGUGCGCUCGCUACUCACGAAGGAACCGCCGCCGCCAUCUGGGCGCUCCGUCGAAGAGUUCGUGAAGUUCGGACCCUUUUACCUCGAGCGCGGCCCGCUGCCUCUCGAAGCCGCGCCGGAUUACAUCAUCACGCCCUCCGUGUCCCAGAAGCUCAUUGAUCUGGCGCGUAUCGUCUCUUCCCGGCGGUAUCCUGUUCUUAUUGAGGGCCCUACAUCCGCCGGCAAAACGUCCGCAAUCGAGUAUCUGGCUCGUCGCACCGGCCACCGCUUCGUGAGAAUCAAUAAUCACGAACACACCGAUAUACAGGAGUACCUCGGCACAUACGUCUCCGACCCUGAGACCGGAGCGCUCGUCUGGCGUGACGGUCUUCUCGUGCAGGCUCUGCGCCAAGGGGACUGGUUGGUACUCGACGAGCUGAAUCUGGCGCCGACGGACGUGCUCGAAGCGCUGAAUCGCUUGCUCGAUGACAAUCGCGAGCUUGUUCUUCCCGCGACGGGUGAGGUUCUCCGCCCACACCCCUCCUUCGUGCUAUUCGCUACGCAGAAUCCGCCGGGUCUGUACGCCGGCCGGAAGGUUCUGUCGCGUGCGUUCCGCAACCGCUUCCUCGAGGUGCACUUCGCGGAUGUUCCCCAAGUCGAACUCGAGCGCAUUCUCUGCGAACGAGCGCGCAUCGCGCCUUCAUACGCUGCGAAGAUUGUGACAGUAUUCCAAGAGCUUCAGAAACGUCGGCAAGCCGGUCGCGUGUUCGAGUCCAAGAACGCGUUCGCAACACUUCGCGACCUCUUCCGAUGGGCCGGCCGUGACGCCGUCGGCUACCAGGAGCUGGCGGAGAAUGGGUACAUGCUCCUCGCUGAGCGCGCGCGUCGAGCGGACGACCGCGCAGUCGUGCAGGAGGUCAUCGAGGAAGUUAUGCGACCCGUCAAGAUUGACCCCCGCGCAUUAUAUAACCUCGAAGCUGCCCAAUUCACCGAGCGGCUAGGCUUCACGCUUCCCAGCGGCGCGGACUUAGUGUGGACCGGUGCGAUGCGGCGUCUCCUUGUGCUCCUCGGGCGCGCGCUGCGCUUCGACGAGCCAGUCCUGCUCGUCGGGGAGACUGGAACAGGGAAGACGUCAGUCGUGCAGGUCUUAGCGGACACUGUCGGGAGGGAACUGUUCCAACUAUCCUGUCACCAGAACACGGAGACGGCCGAUCUUAUCGGUGGAUUGCGACCUGUGCGCAAUCGUGCUGCCGUUGAGGCUGAGGCGAGGCAAGAAGCCAUGUCUGUUCUCGCCGAUGCUGGUGUGGACGUCGAGCGGAUAGAUGUAGUCGCAGCACUCGAUCGACUAUCUCGGCAGACGGAGGACGGCCCGUUAGCCAUCCGCGCCGCCAACGCACGCGGUAAACUUGCUCGGCUCGGCGCGAUCUUCGAAUGGCACGACGGCCCGUUAGUCACCGCUAUGCGCUCGGGCUCUGUUUUCUUGCUGGACGAGAUAUCGCUUGCAGACGACAGUGUUUUAGAACGCCUCAACUCCGUUCUCGAACCUGCUCGUACCGUGGUCCUCGCCGAGCGCGCCGGUGGUGAAGCCGUCACGGCUGCACAGGGUUUCAAGCUCGUUGCGACGAUGAACCCGGGUGGCGAUUAUGGCAAGAAGGAACUAAGCCCCGCUUUGCGCAAUCGAUUCACGGAGAUCUGGGUCCCGGCCGUUGAGGAUCGUGCGGACCUCGAAGGGAUUGUCGAUGGAAGAUGGGCGCACGCGGCGUUGAAGCCUUACACUGCGCCGCUCCUAGACUUCUGCGAGUGGAUAGGUGUGAGGGUUAACGAACGUAGUCUUCUUGGACUCCGUGAUAUACUGGCUUGGGUCUCGUUCUCGAACUACGUACUGAGCUCGUCGACCUUGAAGAACCUGUCACUCCAGGCCCUUUUCCAUCACGCUGCUCACCUUGUAUGCCUCGAUGGACUGGGCUCUAUGCCCGUUCUAUCCGCAUAUACUUCGGAUGCUCUGGCCAAGGUCAAGGCUGAAGCGAUGGCGAAGCUGGAGCAACUGGUGCCCCUGACCGCCGCAGUACCGGAGGCCGACAUCGGUGAAGUCCAUGGUGCCGUACAGCUCGGCUUAUUCGCCAUCCCCCGCGGUCCUCGCCCUCAGACGCUCCGCGCCUACAACGUUGACGCGCCGACGACACGUGAUAACGCGAUGCGCGUCGCGCGCGCCUGCCAGCUGCCUAAGCCCAUCCUGCUUGAAGGAAGCCCUGGUGUCGGCAAGACGAGCCUCAUCGUUGCGCUCGCCAAGCUCUGCGGAUAUCAUCUCUGUCGCAUCAACCUCUCGGACCAGACUGAUCUCGCUGAUCUCUUCGGAACUGACCUUCCUGUCGAGGGAGGCAAGCCUGGCGAGUUCGCUUGGAAGGACGCAGAGUUCCUUACCGCAAUGCAGCAGGGCCAUUGGGUGUUGCUUGAUGAGAUGAAUCUUGCGCCGCAAUCCGUACUUGAAGGUCUCAAUGCCGUGCUUGAUCAUCGCGGCACGGUCUUUAUCCCGGAGCUGGGCCGCUCAUUCACGAAGCAUCCCUCAUUCAGAAUCUUCGCCGCGCAGAAUCCUAUCGCACAAGGCGGCGGGCGUAAAGGGUUGCCUAAGUCCUACGUCAACCGCUUCACGAAGGUCUACGUUGAGGCGCUGACCGCGCAGGACCUGCAUCUUAUUGGCCACCAUUUAUUCCCCGAGUACCCAGAGGACCUCCUACACGCGAUGAUAGACUUCAACUCGCGCUUGCAUGAGGAGGUCGCAGUGAAGCACACGUUCGGUCGUGCUGGUAGCCCCUGGGAGUUUAACCUGCGCGACGUCGCGCGCUGGGGAAGCGUUUCACAUUCGCGUGGUCGGCCACUUCAUCCGGUUGAACAUCUCCGCUCAAUAUAUCUCUCACGCUUCCGUACCGAGGCGGACAGAGGUGCAGCGUGUGCUUUGUUCUCAACGACUUUCGGAACUCCUGCGGAGAAGGCUAUGGGCGCGCCUCACUAUGCCAUUGCACCCGAACUUGUCCAGGUCGGACAUUACGUAGCGCAACGCGCGAACUUCUCUAGCUCAGGUUGCCAUCCACAGCUCUUGCAGUCACACCUCGCUGCUGCGGAGGCUAUAGGUAUUGCGCUGGAACAGCAGUGGUUAGUCAUCGUCACCGGCCCUCGCGAGUCUGGCAAGACGAGUCUCGUCCGUUUGAUGGCCGACCUCGCCGGCGUCGCCCUCCAUGAAGUCUCGAUCAACAACUCAACGGACACCACGGACAUCCUCGGGAGCUUCGAGCAAGUCGACGGAAGCGCGCGAGCCCGCGCCAUUGUUCAACGGGUUCUCGAUGUCGUUGACACUCACCUCCGCUCCAUAUCUGGCUCUCGCGCCCAGCUUGGUCAAGCGCAGCAGCUGCGACGGCUUGUGGCGUCGUCGGGCCCCAACGACUGGACAUAUCUACAAACUGCCGUCUCCGUACUUGAUCAACUAUCCGGCAUCGACGAAGCUAUCAAGAACACGCUCCGCCUCAACACCGAGGCACUAUCGGCCUUGACGACUACGGAAGGACGUUUCGAAUGGAUUGAUGGACCACUCGUACGUGCACUCAAGGAGGGCCACUGGCUACUGCUCGACAACGCCAACCUUUGCAAUCCGUCCGUACUGGACCGGCUUAACGCCCUCUGUGAACCUGGUGGCGUGCUCACUCUCAAUGAGCAAGGAAUCGUCGACGGCGCAGUCCCAGUUAUCGUGCCUCAUCCGAACUUCCGCUUGCUUAUGUGCGUCGACCCUCAACAUGGGGAACUUUCUAGGGCUAUGCGCAACCGUGGUAUUGAGGUUUGCAUCUCGGACGGCAGAACUGGCGAAGACAUGUGUCGAUUACAGGUCUCUCGUCGUCUGGCGCGGACCGUUUCAGCUGAUCCCGUAGUCUUUGAGGCGCGCCGUCGAGGACUUGAUGCUGCUGCUUCGCUUGUCGCAUCUAAUCGGUCCUCUGGGCGUCUUUAUGGCGACAGCAUCACUUCGUACAACAGCGAUAUAGCGGCCUCGCUGCUCUCCUCGUCUGCACCUCCUCUCGCUUUGUCGUCUUUACUGUUCCUCACUCGAUCGCUGGUCACAACUCGCUCUCCGGCCUUUCUACGUCUACUCGGAUCUGAUCCUCUUGUCGGUGAUCUUCGGCCCUUGCUUCAGCUCACGAGCCAGCUCGCUCCGAACAGUCGCUGGUCCAAAAUUGAAGCCAUGCGAGAGACCUUCGCACCAAUAUGCAUUCGCCUUCAUAGGCCUCCUCUUCGUCUUAUUCCUGCGGACUUCUUUGCCAAGUUCGCGGUGUGUUCACCUUCCUUCCCUGAGCUCGCGAACGUGAGACGGCAGCGCUCGGUUCUGCGAGCGAUCGACAUCUUCGUGAGAUCAGUCGCACAAGAAAUAGCCUCGCCAGACGGGCUAGUCAUACCAGACGUUGCGCCAACUCAAACCGUGCAGGACAAGCUUGUUCGCGAGGUGCUCGUCGGCGUCCACACCAUCGAGCAGACCGCACGCCGUUUGUAUGUAGCUUUUUCAACAAGCGCCUCUCUUGACGUUUCAACAUCAGUCUUGAACGGCGUUGACGCUUUACACUCCCUACAAAAGAUGGUGGCCUUCCUGCUAAGCUCUGUACAUGGCGAUGUCAGUUUCUCUGUCGUCCAGACCGUCGUUAAAUGGCUUUCCGCCUCGCUGGAGGGAGCACCGAGUUCAUUCGGCGAGAUCCACAGCGCUGUUGCGGCACUCGGCCAGCUGGUUACGCCGUCGACAGGACUGGGUCUCGCGGAGAUCUGGUCGGCAAUGCGUGGAAACAAUAUUCCUGAGAUCGGUUCCAUACCCGCGAACACAUUCAACCUUAGCCCAGAUCUGCGUCGCGAACUCACCAACCUAUACGCCAUGGCGCUUCUGCCCGGAUCAGCUUCUGAGCGGUCUACUGUCUUAAGCGCCAUCGAAUCUGUCCUUACGCGUCUCUCCAAGGCAUCUCUUGAUCCAUCGGCAUCGGAGUGCGCUGCGACGCAAGCGCCUAUCGUCGUGGUGAAGCAGUUGGACGCUGUCGUCAAAGCACGUCUCGGUGGGGCCACCACCGAUGCCACGACCGUCGAGGAUUUCCUUGCGCUUGCAUACGCCCAUAACCAUAUCGAUCCUCGCUCGCUCGUGCCCUAUCGUAUUGCUGCUUGGACUCUGAAAGAGGGUUUACUUACCGUCGCGACGUCAGCGGCGAUCCUUCAAUCGUGGCAUGAGGCACUUUGGGCGUCAAACCCCGCUGGCCCUGCCCUUCUUGUACGCGCUACUGAACUCUCGACUCUGUUCACGACUUGUGAUUGGCAAGCAAUUACACUAAAUGACCUGAGCAACUUCGAGGCCGACCUGCAUAAGCAGUCGGGCAUUCUGACCUUCGGCGACUCCCGCCCGCGCUCUGAAAAGAUCGAAACGCUGUACCGUAAUGCUGUCCUCCUCCUCGCAUCUUGUUUCUCGGAGAGCUUUGAUCCGGGGGUAAUGCGUCAACUACUUGCAGCAUCCUCGUGGGUCGAGCUCGGUAGUCUACUCGCGACUACGAGCCAUCCGGGUCUGCGCACCGCUCUGGAGGCAUUCAUACCAACGGUCUCCUCCAUUCUCUCAGCUCAUGGUACAGAGACUCGACCAUCAGUCCUAUCAAGCCACGCCCGCGCGUUCAUUCAAUUUUUCUACCUCUUUACCGCCAUGUACAUCCCCGAUACGCCGCUCGACCCCGCCAUCUCCCAGCAAUGCGAGGAUGCGUACUGGCUGGCCGAGAGCGACGAACUGAAGGCGCAACUCUCUUUGCACGCCGAGCUGGAGCGCCGUACAACUGGCAAUGAGUCCAACGGCGUCAUGGACUACCUGAAAGCUGAUUUGGAGGUGACCCAUCCUCAUUUGCGGAAGGACGCGGCUGCCAAUGUCACGCCACGCCCUAUUGCUCGCCUCCGUGAAUAUUGGCUCGAGGUCUCGCAGUUCCUCUCGAAUGUCGUGCCCGCACAGAAGAUAGACCAGGUCGUCGCCCUUAUGGAAAUUGACGCGGCCGCGGCUCUCACUCGCGAGAACGUGAUUCAGGACUCAAUUCGAGGAUUCAUGCAGCGCAUGCGCUCGGCUUAUGGCGACUUUCAAGACAUCGACGGCCCCCUCCAAUUCGCGCUCUCACAACUCCGUUUCGGCCUUCGUUUGGCAACAUCAACUGCCUCAAGCGACGACGCGUCGGACGUGUAUAACCUCGCGCGCAGCCUCGUCUCUCUUCCUACCAUUUCCACCGUGCAGUCUCUUGUCUCUCGCUCUGCCGCGGAUGCACACAUGGCGGGCGUGUCAGCUUUUGAUCAUCUGCUGCUCCGACUCAUGGGUAUCUCAGCAGAGCACGAUGCAGGGGUGAACCUGCGCUCUCACACAGGCGGCUUGGAUGUCAUCUUUGAGCAGGCUGUACGGCUUUGGCUCAUAGAUCAGGUAAAGCAGGACGAGGCGGAGGCGGCUGGCCAAAGUCUAUAUCGCUCCAAGGUGAUCGAGAGCGAAGCUGUAGACGACUCGGAGAUUGAGACGCAGGAGUUCCUUGCGUUGUUCCCCGACUAUGAGAACGUACUCUCCGAGGAGUCAGGUUCGGGUACGCCGACACCGGCCGAUCCGAUCUUCGCCUUCCAUUCCGGAUCCGGGCGCGUUCAAGCUCUUAUGGCGGCCUACCUCGGUCUCUUCUCGGACUCGGAUUCUCGCCGCAUUCUGAACCCUACCGCCCAGUUCUCUCGUCUACGCCGCGACGCUAUGCAGCGGCUGCUCGACACGCACGGCGAUGUUCUUCCCGACAUCCUCGAUAUCGAAGGGCACGGCUUGUCCUUGGCUGUGCUCCAUGGCCGCCUGCAAAGCAUCAUGCAUCGCGUGCAGGGCUUCGGCAAGCCAUACGACUUCUACUUGGAUGCCAAUGUACCAGAGCUGCGUAAGGCUGCGCGGGUUGUCUGCGACAUGGCUGAACGCCUACGCGUGCUCGUUGUGGAGUGGCCGGAGCAGAUGGUACUUCAGCACUUGCUUGCGCGUUGCGAUCAGGUUCUUCGCCUCAAUAUCCACAGUCCCGUUGCCAAAGUUCUUGCCGCAAUCGAGCAACUCCUUGUUCAGAGUGAGGAUUGGGAGAUGUAUGCAAAUCGAGAGAACACGCUGAAGGUCCAUCGCGACGCGCUUACCUCGCUGAUCGUCGAGUGGCGCCGGCUUGAACUGGCAUCGUGGCAGGGGCUUCUCGAGACUCAGGAAGCGACAUUCAAGGACGCGGUCUCGGAAUGGUGGUUCCGCAUCUACAACGCCUGCGUCCGUGGGCUCUUCGACAUCACCGACGGCGCGGGAGACAUCGACAAAUUCCUUGACGAGCUUGUCCCACUUAUCGAGAGCUUUGUCACCUCCAGUCCCCUCGGUCAGUUCGAGCGUCGUCUAGACACGCUCCGCGGCUUUGGAAGAUGGGUCGUGUUGCUCGCCAAGGAGAAAUCUGCCGCUGAAGCUACCGCUUUGUCGAGGGUGUUCAAGAUCAUCGCGUCAACUACAGCAUACUUUUCUCAAUUCAUGGCUCAGGUGGCCGCAUCGCUCUCAACGCAACGUGACACUCUAGAGAAGGACAUCAAGAACUUCAUCAAGCUUGCGAGUUGGCGCGACGUUAAUGUGCAGUCUCUCAAGGCCAGCGCGAAGCGCACCCACAUCCAGCUCUACAAAAGCAUCCGCAAGUUCCGCGACAUCCUGCGCCAGCCAGCUCUUCCUCUCCUCCGCGCAGAGAACGCGACCGGCAGUACACUAUCCGUCAAGUUUCUUGAUUGUACACUGCAUGUGUCAACCGGCGCCAUCUUCACUGCGCCGGAGUCUGUAGAAGCAUCCGCACCCGCACACCUGCAGAACCUGUCACGCACAUACGACCGCUUUGACUCGCUCAUCACGUCUCAUGUCGACAUAUUCCUCGGCUCAAACCAGCACUCACCGCUUCGUGACCUCGCGCACGAGGUCAUCACUACCGCUAGUGAUCUUGCCAACGAGUCUUUACCCACGGAUGGCCCGGCCGAGCGCCGCGAAAAGCUGGCAAAGGCGCUGCUCGUGAGAAAGCGCAAGGCGUGGAGCGACUUGCUCAAGGAGCUCAAGCGCGUCGGUAUGGCAUACAACGUGCAGCCGCAGACCCUUGAGCAGCAGCGCAACGCUCGUUGGCUCCGGGAGCAGCCAGUUAUGCCCGACGCUGGAAACAGCAUCGCCGACGUCGCACGCUCGGAGUCGUACUACAUUAAGUCGCUUGGACUCCUUCCUCAGCUCCGCGCGUCACUCUCGAGCCACAGCGAUGACCUCCAAACGCGUGAGCUCGUACGCGGGGUCAAUCUACUCGAGUCCGGGCUUACCUUUGCGCUUGACGCUCGUUCUAAGCUCGCUAAUGGCCUUGAAUCUUAUGGCGUGCUUCUCGCGCUGGCCGACCGUCUACAAGCUCUCGACGGUACCCGGCAGAUUGCAAACUCAGACGUCGACUUGCCGCAGAACCUUCGUCAACAGCAGGACAACAUGGCGCGGUUGGCGCACGCUCUAGGCGAGGCUGCCGAGCUCUGCAACAUGCUCGGGGACUUGCCGUCCGCCACUUCGCUCCCUGCCGAUUUGCUAUUAGAGCUGUCGUCUCUGCGCGCUGAGUCGCUAAACCUGCGCGACCAGUUAUCUGGCUUGUGCGCGCGGAUGCCGGAUUCAGCGACGCCAAUACUGCUACUCGACGAGUACGAGGUGGCUACCGCGGGCACCGACUUCAUCAAGCGUGUCAACUUGCGGCUACGCGAAUGGAAGGAGAAGGAGCCCCGCGUUGAGCGUAUUCUCGCUCCGGUUCGCGAGUGGGCAGAGACUCUCGUUAUACCACUCCCUCCCGUUCAAGCGCCGCAUCCUACUCAUGACAAUGUCGACGCUAUCAUUGACUCAUUGCUCGUCACCGUUCAAUCUCUCAUUGCCGCCGUGCCGGAGCGGAAGCAAGAGGAGGUCGAAGAAGGCGACGACGGCUAUGUCAAGUCUACCACCAUACUCUUCGGUCGUCUAACCAGUCUGCUGCACAUCGACACCGUCUCGGAGAAGCUGGCAACUGCGUUCAAUAAGCUCGCAACGUGCUCGCAGGACGACCUCACUCGCAUGGUGCCGCGCGUUCUUCCAUUCAUUCGGCGCUACCAGCAACUCGUCCACGACCAUCUUUCCGCUAUGGCGGCCUGGACUGGCAGCCUGUUCAAACUCGAGUUCGUCUUAUGCUCGGUCAUGUUGAGCGUCGCGACGAAGGGCUUCUGCAAGCCUCCUGAUCUCGAUGAUGCGGGUGAUGAGGGCGCAGGAGGAGAAGCGAUCGGCGGUACUGGGUUAGGCGAGGGAACGGGAGCGCAGGACGUGAGCAAAGAGAUCGAGGAUGAAAGUCAGGUGGAGGGGUUACAGGGCGAACAAGAUGCGGAGCAGCAGAAGCGUGAGCAGGGGCAGGAUGACGGGAAGGAUGCGAUUGAGAUGGGAGACGACUUCGAAGGAGAGAUGGAGGAUGUGCCGGAUGACGAAGAGGGGGAUCAACAGGAGAAGGAGGAUGGCGAAGAAGAGGAAGGGCCGGACGAACAGGUUGGAGAUCUUGAUCCGCUGGAUCCAUCUGCGGUUGAUGAGAAAUUGUGGGGCGACGAGAAGGGACCAGAAGGGAAAGAUGAUGGCGGGAAGACGCAGGAUGACAGGUCGAAGGAGGCGGGCGCUGAGUCCGAGGUUGUUGCGAAGGAGAAAGAAGGCUCGAAGAAGGAGAAGGAGAAAGCGGAGAAGGGAGAAGACGCUCAGAAAAAGCAGAGCGAAGUACAAGAAGGUGGUCAGAAGGAGGAUGAGGGUAUGAACGAGGAAGGCGUUGAAGAGGGGGAAGACGAAGAGGAAGGUGAACCGCAGGGUCAAGGCGCCGCCAUGGACGAGUUCAUUCAAGACGCCGACACGCUCGAUCUUCCGGAAGACCUGGAUCUCGGUCAAGAACAAAAGAGCGAGCAAGGCGCAGACGAGGAUGAACUCGACGAGCUCGACGAUGACGCCGCUAUGGGUGAUGACACCCAUGACGCCGGCGGCCGCGAGUCGGCCGAGCCUGACCCGAUGGAUCAAGACGGCGCUGAUGGCGGUGAUGUGCAGACACAGGCCGUCGAAGAUGCUGCAGAUGAGGUUGAGGAAGACCGGGUAGAUGAAGAGAAAGGCGAGGCCACGGCCGCGCCCGAUGUGCAACCUGGAGAGCAAGCGGACGCAGACGCCUCGAACCCUGACUCUAUGAACGCGGAAGCUCGAGAGUCGGCGGUGCAGAACCAGUCAACGGCGACUACGGGCGGCGCUGGUCAGAGUGCCGGACAGGGCGCUGACGCCAACGACGAUGAAGGCGCUGUCGAGGACCAAGGGCAAGCUGGCGAUAUCGAACAGCAACAAGACGAGGCAUCUGGUCGUGGCGCGCUUAACUCGGGUCCACAGCAAGGUACUUCGACGUCUCAAGAGUCACGCUCGAUGGAUAUGCAAAGCAACCCGCUCCGCAGCCUAGGCGACGCCAUCCAAGAGAUCCGCCAGCGCUUCGACGACAUCUUGAAUAGUGCUGCCGAGGAAGCCGCCCCUCCCAAGCUCGCGGACGUCUCGGAACCUUCUCAGCUGGAGUAUCUCCGUCCGGAUGACGAGGACCAGAACAUGCAAGCGCUUGGUCCUGCGGGUGCGGAGGAGGCGGCAAGGUUGCAAGAUCUCACGUUGAUCGACGACGAGGCGGAUGUUAUGCAAGAAGACGUCGCACCUAUGGACGUUGAUGAGCCCGCUGCACCCGAUACGGUUGAACCUCACCCGUCAUCUGCUGCUCUACCGUCCCAGCCGACCGCGCAAUCACUCCAACCCGGCGUCGAGGACGCUCUUACUCAACAUCAACUUCGCACACCCGGCACCGGCACUGUACACGAUGCUCCUAUGGACGAUGCUGUAAAGGCCGAGGAGGAUGUCGAGGAACCGCUUCCCGACGAGAUCGUCGAAGCCGAGCUGCGUCGCUGGAAGGAGGACGGGCAACGGGCCGAGGGUACCGAACACCUCUGGCGCCUCUACGAAUCUCUCACGCAUGAACUCUCGUACGCGCUUUGCGAGCAGCUUCGCCUCAUUCUCGAGCCUACCCAAGCCACACGUCUGAAAGGGGAUUAUCGGACUGGCAAGAGACUGAACAUGAAGAAGAUCAUCCCCUACAUUGCGUCCGAAUACACCAAGGACAAGAUCUGGCUUCGGCGCACGCGGCCGAGUCAGCGGGAGUAUCAAGUCCUCAUCGCUCUCGACGACUCUCGCUCCAUGUCUGAGAGCCACUCCGUUCAUCUCGCGUACCAGACACUUGCACUCGUAUCAAAAGCGCUUACUCGGCUGGAGGUCGGAGACGUGGGAAUAGCCAAGUUCGGCGAGGCGGUUGAGGUGCUGCAUGGCUUCGACGAGGGCCCGUUCACGGAUCAAGCUGGCACGAAAGUGAUGGGCGCAUUCAACUUCAAUCAGCGCGCGACGAAUGUCCUGUCGCUUGUGGAGACAAGCCUGAAGAUCUUGGAAGAGGCGCGAGAGAGGCGCGCGGCGAGCUCGAGCUCGGCGGCGGAUCUGUGGCAGUUGGAGAUCAUCAUCUCGGACGGUAUAUGCCAGGAUCAUGAGAAGUUAAGGACGGUGUUGCGCAAGGCGGAAGAGCAGAGGGUGAUGCUUGUGUUCGUCGUCAUCGACUCCUUGCAAUCCAACGCGGAUGCAGCCACUGGCCCGAGCGGUGGAGCGGUACACGACUCCAUCGUGAGCAUGAAGCAUGCGUCGUAUGCGAUUGUGGAUGGAAGGAUGGAGUUACAGGUGAAUAGGUACCUCGACACGUUCCCGUUCGAGUACUACGUGGUGUUGAGGAAUGUGGAGGCGCUGCCGGAGGUCUUGGCGGGGACGUUGAAGCAGUUCUUUGAGCGUAUCUCGGAAGACUAG